AUGGCCCAUUUUACAGAUGACGUUGUUGGAAAUGUUGAAAAUUUUCAUGAAGAUUUCAUUUCUUCUUUGGAUGAUGAGUCAUUGAUCCGUUAUGUUGAGGAGCUAUCUCAAGAGAACAUCAGACCAGCUGGAUCACAGCAUUUAGAUGAUCUACUCAUAGAUGACAAAAUAAAAAAUGUCACUAAUUUAAAUUUUAGUGAGAAGAAUAAAAUUGCUAAGGUUGAGGAACAAGUUCAUUCCGAUGAUCGUAGCUCUAAUUCAAAUAUAGUGAAGACAGCUCAUUAUGGCCGGGGACAAUAUUUUAGAGAUAAAGAAUUUAAGCAACUUCAACAAGAUCAAAAAUUAGUUCAGGAAAACCAAGAUAAAAUUAAAAUAUUUAAAAAUUGUGUCAUAUAUAUUAAUGGAUACACUGAUCCAGAUAGAUUGGUUUUACAUAAAUUAAUAGUGAUCCAUGGUGGUAAAUUCCUUCAUCAUAUGACAUCUAAGGGAAGGGUUACUCAUAUUGUAGCGACUAAUUUACCAUUGAAGAAAAGGGUAGAGUUUGCUAAGUAUAAAGUAAUAACACCGGAGUGGAUUUUAGAUUCAGUAAAGGCUGAAGUACUGCAGCCAUGGCAAGAAUAUUCUUUAUUGGAAACAAACGAUUAUAGGCAACCAAAAUUGGAUCUAGCAAACCGAACUAAUAAAAAUGACAAUUAUUCAGAAAUGAAUAUCGACUGUAAUAGUCCUUUAUUUGUUGAAAAUUAUUUUAAAAAUUCCAGAUUGCAUCAUUUAUCACUCUGGAAAAGUGAUUUGAGAGAUCAAUUUUUGAAGAAAUAUAGAGAUAAUAAAAUUUUACAGCGUUCUAUACCUAAACAAAAUGAUCAGUUGACUAUUCUUCAUAUUGAUUUUGAUUCUUUUUUUGCUAGUGUGGCUACAUUAGUUGCUAUAAGAGAUAGAAAUCUUAACAUUAAUUUAAAAAAAGAUGCUAUUUUAGUUUGCCACGGUUCUAAUAAUUCAGAUAUAGCCAGUUGUAAUUAUGUUGCAAGAAAUUUGGGCAUUAAAAAUGGAAUGUGGGUUUCUCAUGCAAAAAAGUUGUGUCCACCAGGAACUGUCUUGACCUGUUUACCUUAUAAUUUUCAAGAGUUUGAAGCUGCUUCUAAAAUUUUAUAUAAUUGCUUAAAUAAUUCUGGCUUAUUUGAUAUGGUACUUCCUGUGUCUAUUGAUGAAGCAAUAUGUGUUAUGGUCAAUAGAAAUUACAGUAAAAAUGAAGUUGAAGAUAUCUGUAAAACAGUGAGGAGCAACAUUGAAGCUGAGGCAAGAGGAUGCAAGAUUAGUAUUGGGUGUGCAAAUUCACUUGUAUUGGCACGGUUGGCGUUGAAAUUAGCCAAACCUGAUGGAUACCAUAUACUGGAUCAAGAUGAAUUUAAUAAUAAUUCUUCUAAUUCAAAUUUAAAAUUUUGGUCUCAAUUCAAAAUAAAUGACCUACCAGGUAUUGGAUAUUCUAUUGUUCAGAAAUUGAGUGAUUAUUUUGGUCUUAAAAAAGGUGCAACAGUAGAGCAAUUAAUUAAAGUAUCAACUAUGGAAAAACUAAAACUAUGUACUGGCUCUAAAGUUAGUUCUAAAAUUAGUUUAGCAAUUUCUGGUAAAGAUGAUGAAGAAAGCAGUAAACUUCUAUUUCAGCCACUUGAACUUUUCCAAAGAAAGACACUUUCCAUGGAGAUAAAUUGGGGUAUUCGAUUUGAGAAUAUUCAACAGGUUGAUGUUUUUAUUUCUAGAUGUGUCGAAUAUCUACUGAAGAAGUUACAAGAAUUACAAAAAAGUGUAGCUCAAAUAACACUGAAAAUAAUGAAACGAGCAGCUGGUGCUAUGGUUGAUCCGCCAAAAUAUAUGGGUAUGGGAAAAUGUGAUGCUUUCAGUAGAAGUAGUAAUUUUGGAAUAGGUGCAACAGACCAUGGAACAAUUUCUACUGAAUUAAAAAAUUUAUUCAGGACACUUAGUUGCCCUCCUAAAGAGCUGCGUGGUGUAUCUAUCCAAUUUACUAAACUUACCGAUUUGGCGGAAAACAUAAACCAAUAUAAAUUACCUUUCAAGAAAGUUAUUUCACUACAGACAGUUAACAAUCUUCCAAGUGAUCUAAAAUUAAAAUUUGAAACUGAAAUUAAAAGAAGAAACAUUGAAAUUAAACAGACGAAUAAAUCACCUUCAUCAAAAGUAUUGAUACCAAAAAACGUACUCAAAAAGUACUCACCCACUAAACAAGAAGAAGAUUUUUUGAAAGAAUUGCCCACUCAAAUACGAAAUGAGGUUGCUAGCAAUCUCAUAAUAGAAAAGAAGAUAAAAGAUUCUAAAGUUGAAGAUUUGCAUUUAAUGGUCCAAACAAAGAAAAACCUAAUAGAAAAUAGUAAAGAUCAUUUUCAAGGGAAUAAUAGUAUUUUCCAACCAAUUAGUUUUCAAGGUCAAACUUCCUUUAAGAAGAUAUGCAAAUUAGUACGAGAGUGGGUAUCUACAACAUUACUUGAAAAGGGACCACAUAAAAGAGAUACUAAAUUGUUUAAAAAAUAUCUUUUAAAAUUAUCCAAUUCCAAUCGUCUUUUUCUUAUUUUACAAUUGAUUAAGUUAGUUUCACAAAUAUUGACUCUGAAUCGCAUUAAAGCUAAUGGCAUUGAUGGAUCAAUUAAUGUCGGGUUUAUGGAAUGGGAGAAAAUAUUACUUAAAGAAAUGAUUCCCAUUCUCAAUAAAAGUGGGAACUCUUUUCAAUCAAAACAAAAACUGGAGUUUGAGUUUGAUAUAUAA